AUGAUGAACUCUUGCAACGGAAUCUUGGAUAUGGAAAAAAUGAAAAAUGAAGUAUUGAAAAAUGGUUUUUUAAAUAAUGAAAAUAAUCCGAGUUAUGAUAAUAAUACAAACAAGAAUAAGAGAAAGAGAAAUAAAAAAAACAAUAAUAAUUUUGUAAAUCUACGAGAUUGGACAAAUAAAGUUCAAAAGAGAUAUGCAAAUAAAUUGAGAAAAACAGAACAAGAAAAGAAAUCAGAAACAAAUUUUAAUUUAUUAAAUGGAGCAGACAAUAAUUAUCUUUCGUCUUGCUCAUCGUCUUUUAAAUCUAGAGAAAGUCUAGGUAGAAAAAUUAACUUCUCCUCAGAUGAAUCUAAUUACGAUUCUGACAUUGAACAAAGAAUAAGAAAAUUUUUAAAAUUAGAACAUAAUAGUAAUUCUAAAAAGAAAAAAAAAAAAAAAAAAAAAAAAGAUAACCCGGAUGUAGAAAGUCAAUAUGAUGUUGUAAACAAUUCUAUAAAUAAAAUGGAAGGAAUUUCCAUUGAAGCUGAUCAUAUGUUAGAUGAUGAUGAUAAUAAUAAUAAUCCCCACUGCAUUAAAGACUCUGGUAGGGAAAAACGAGAAACAAACGAAAUGCAAGACGACCACGCACAGAUGAUUAACGAAGAUAUGCGUAAUGAUAAUGAAAUGGUUAACAAUAACAAGGAAAAAAAUAAAAACAGGGAUUUUAAAAAUUUUAAAAAUUCAAAAGAUGGAAAAAAUUCAAAGGACGAUCAAAAUUCAAAGGACGAUCAAAAUUCAAAGGACGAUCAAAAUUCAAAGGACGAUCAAAAUUCAAAGGACGAUCAAAAUUCUAAGGACGAUCAAAAUUCAAAGGACGAUAAAAAUCCAAAGGAUGACAAAAAUUCCAAGGACGAUAAAAAUUCUAAGCAUGUGAAAAAUUCGAAGGAUUCUAGAAAAAACCGAAACAACAGUAGCAUCAAAUUAUUAAACGAAGAUAACUCAUGUAAAUCAACCAAGGAAGAUGCUGUAAUAAAUGGGAAUGUCAAGCUGGAAAAUAAACGGACAGACAAAAAUCAAGUCACGAUUAACGAUGAUCAGGGGCGACAUUGUAACAAUAAUCAAUCACGCGAACGUAAGAAUAGAAAUCGAACUGAUAGAAAUCAAAGUAACUCAGAAAAUAUUAGUAACAAUGACCUAUUGAAAGAUGUUAAUAAUAAAGGUACUAAUGAUGAUGAUCAUGAGGAGUCAAAUGUGGUAGAAAAUUACCCAAGUGAGAAAGAGAAUGGUGCAUCUGUUCUUGUAAGCAAUAUGCCAAAUGAGGACCGGGAAGAAGAAGAUGAAUAUGAUGAAGAAGAGGAAGGAGAGAAAGAGGAUGAGGAUGAGGAAGAAGAGGAAGAGGGAGAGGACGAGGAGGAAGAAGGAGAAGAAGAGGGAGAUCAAUCGGAAGAAAACGAAACAGAUAAUAAUGUGAAGGAGGAUAAUGUGGAAGAAAAAGAAGGAAAAAAUAAUGUGCAGGAGGACGGGGAUAGUAAAACACUUCCCACACGUGUACCCGAUUCAAAAAAUGAAAAACGGCCGAAGGAAGAAACAAAUAAAAAUAACAAAAAAGAUGGAAUCAAGAAGGAAGAACAAUCGAUAAAUAAAUUAGAUGAAAAGCAAAAGAAUAACAAAAAAAAAAAAGAAAAUUUAUCGAAAUCACAAAAUGAUAGGGAUAUAAAAAAUGACUCAAAUGAAAUGGAUGAUAAUUUGGGAAAAAGGAAACAUAGCAAAAAUAAUUCAGGAAAUUAUGAUAAAAAUAAUGUAAAGGAUAAAGAAUCAAAGGGGUCAAAAAAAUCGAAUAGUUAUAACGGAAAGGAAGAAUCCAUAAAGGAAAGAGAUAAACAAAACACUCAUGACAAAAAGGAGCAAUCAUCUUCUCUUGUAGAAAAUGAUUCAUACAAUAAGAACAAACAUCGAUCAGAAAAAGUUCCAGGGGAAAAUAGAAAAAAAUAUAAUUUGCACGAUACUGCAAGAAACAAUACUCCACAUAAUGGAGCACCAAACCACGAUGGAGAAAGUGAUAAUAGGAAUAAGGAUGAUAUCGAAAGGAAGGAGAAAGGAAACAAAUCGACGGAAAUGGAAAGAGAAAGCGAAAAUGAAAGAAACAGAAGGAGAAACAAGGAACGAGAGAAAAGCAGAGAAAGGCAGAGAAAAUCAGAGAAACUUAGAGAGAGAGGCAAGGAAAAGGAUAAACAAGGAGAACUUGAUAGAGAUCGAAAGGUUUUAAGAGAUAGAGAAAAAGAGCGAGAAAGGGAACGAGAAAAGGAGAAAGAAAAGGAACGUGAAAGGGAACGAGAAAAGGAACGGGAAAGGGAACGAGAAAAGGAACGAGAAAAGGAGAGGGAAAAGGAACGAGAAAAGGAACGAGAAAAGGAGAGGGAAAAGGAACGAGAAAAAGAGCGAGAAAAAGAGCGAGAAAAGGAUAGGGAAAAGGAGAGAGAAAAAGAAAGAGAAAAGGAACGAGAAAAAGAGCGAGAAAAAGAGCGAGAAAAGGAACGAGAAAAGGAACGAGAAAAAGAUAGGGAAAAGGAACGAGAAAAGGAGCGAGAGAGAGAUAAGGAAAGGGAACGAGAAAAGGAGCGAGAGAAAGAUCGAAAUAGAGAACCUGAGCGAGGAAGAAACAGAGAAACUGAACGAGAUCGAAACAGGGAUCCUGAACGAGAUCGAAACAGGGAUCCAGAACGAGAUCGAAACAGGGAUCCAGAACGAGAUCGAAACAGGGAUCCAGAACGAGAUCGAAACAGGGAUCCAGAACGAGAUCGAAACAGGGAUCCAGAACGAGAUCGAAACAGGGAUCCAGAACGAGAUCGAAACAGGGAUCCUGAACGAGAUCGAAACAGGGAUCCUGAACGAUAUCGAAAUAGGGAUCCUGAUAGAGAUCGAAAUAGGGAUCUUGAACGAUAUCGAAACAAAGAAAGAGAGAAGGAAAAGCUAACUGAAAAUGACAAAAGCACUCCUAAAAAUCUGAAGGGAAAUUAUUCAUCACAGGAUAUUUUGAAAAAGAAAUAUAAUGGAAUUGAAUCAAACACCAGUAGAAAAAGACCACAUACAAACGAUAACGAAAACAAUAGUAAUCGUGCCUCUAAAAAAAUUCAUGAAGAAAAUAGUCACCAUUACCAUCAGGAGAACAUGGAGAGAGAACGCUAUGUUUACAAUUCGGUUGAUACGCAUUCAAGAAAAUAUUAUAUACAAACGAAUAAAACUAAUGAUAAUGAUAAUUGGGAGAAGAAAAUGUCAAAGCUUAAAGAAAAGUUAAUAAAGAAAAAUAUAAACAGGUGA